AUGGUGACAGAUGUGCAGUUGGCCAUCUUUGCCAAUAUGCUUGGCGUUUCCCUGUUCCUCCUGGUGGUGCUGUACCACUAUGUGGCUGUCAACAAUCCCAAGAAGCAGGACUAG